AUGGAUCGCCUUCCACUCGAGAUUUACAACCAAAUUACCUCCUACUUGACAUACAAUGAAAAACGAAAGCUUCUACUUGUGUGUCGCUAUUGGCACAGCAUGAUCAAGAACGGCAACCUGUUCAACAGUUUUGGCAUCAAAGGACCUCGAAAAUUUGAGGCUGCUGCAUUAUUCUUUGAUGAAAACGCAUCACACAGAAAGCAGGUGCGCAGUUUACGCUUAACUAAACCAGAAGCUAAUCUUGACUAUGUAUUGACGGUGCCGGAGCGUUUUCCCUGGAUCAAGGACUUUGUGUGGGCUCAUUAUGGUGCGCACCAACAUGAGAUAGCAGCCAUCACGCACACCAAAGUCUAUCACUGGAGCAAUUUGACGAGUUUUGAAGAAGUGAAUCGAUAUCCAUUGUCGACAGAUAUAUUGAAGCAUGGCGGUUUUGGUAACUUGACAAAAUUGACCAUCAGUUUUCAUUUCAGUGGUGCUAGUUGCAGUGCCUUGGUGCAACAGCUCGUCAACGCACCUAAACUCAAGUACAUUGAUUUUGCAUCUCCCAACAUGGCACUUGCGGAUUUGAAGCAAUUGCACUUGAAUGUGCCGCAGUUGGAGAUUCUGCAUUUGUCUGGUGUUGUGCAAGAAGAGGACGAUUUUCUUCAAGGGCAUGGACUGGAAACAGUGAGCAUCGCUGGCCAUUUGGCAACACUGUGGAUGCGAAAUAUGAAUUUAGCGAGAGGCGGGUUUGGAUUGACGAAUGCUUGGAUGGCGUACAUGGCAGCAAAGUACAGACAACUCGACAGUUUGACGAUAGAUGGUGUGGGCAUGACAAGAGGGAGACAGGAUUACUACGAGUCAAGAUUAACGGAUAUCGCUGCUGAAUGCCGGGGACUCACCACAUACAAAGUCAAUCUCUUUCCACUGACCUCAAGGAUUGUGUCGGCCAUGGACAGCAACCAAGUCAAAUUGAAGAGAGUCGAUCUCACAGGCGACUCCACAGAGAACCAAAUUCAGCACUUGCUCAACUCUCAGCAAUGUCAAUCGCUAGAAACCAUCACCAUGGAUAACAUGCAACUUGCACCCCAUGUGCUUUUCAACGCUUUAGAAGGAUUCACCAAGCUCAAACAUGUAGAGAUUGGAUACAAACACAGACAAAGCGUGUCUCUGGAUGUUGUGUUACAGAAACUGAGAUAUCUAGAGACACUCAAACUAUCCACAUGGCAUAUUUGGCUUGACAGGCAUGCAGUCGCCACGUUUCAAACAAAGUUGCGAUCUCUGGUUUUGGAGAAAUCCGAUAUUGAUACGGCAAAUGGGGACGUCAUGUCGUUUUUAGCGAGCACCUGUCCUGAUUUAUCUAAAUUGUCCAUCCAAGGUCAAGUUCAGGAUAACAACAACAGCAACACAGUGUUUCGAGUAGAGUUUCCUCAGCAUUAUUUUACAUCCAUCAAACUGGACAUCUUUGGCAAUGAAUACUAUCGAGUGAACAACCAACGCCAGGCAACAUGGUAUCAGUUUAGCGGCAGAAAAUUACUGGCAUCACACCAAGAUGAUCAAGCCAUCCCAAAGGACCAGCCCCAUGUAUCCAUUGUUUAUAAAGGCUCAGCCAAUCUGAACAUUGGAGGAACCGAUAUCCCAAACUGGUGA